CGUCACACCUGAGCAUAAAACAAUGAAACUCCGCCUCUCACUUCCAUCACUAAACCCGAGAACUCACAUUCGGGUCCGGAAAACCCGAACCGAUGGCUUUGCGGAGCGGCUUUCCGCUGCUGUUCCAGCAGUACAAGGCGCUGCUGAGGAAGAACCUCCUGAUCUCGUGGCGGAGCAAAAGAGCCUCCUUUAUCCAGCUCUUCGCCUCCUUCUUCUUCAUCGUCCUCAUCUUCUUCAUCCAGGAGGGCCUCGAGGCUCGCAACAAGAAAUCCGCCGACUUCCGGAGCGUCAGGGACCCCAAGCCACUGGUUUCGCCGCCGAUUCCGCCGUGCGAGCGCAAGUACUCUGUUGAAAAGCCGUGUUUCGAUUUCGUGUGGAGCGGAAAUGGGAGCGCGAGGAUUAGUAGUAUUGUCAGUGGGAUUAUGGCGAAUAAUCCGGGCCGGCCGAUUACGCUGUCGAAGGUCAAAUCGUUUGGAACGAAAGAGGAAGUAAAUACAUGGCUAUUUAAUAAUCCUCUGCAUUGCUCAGGAGCUUUGCAUUUUGUGGAAAGAAACGCCACUGUGAUCAGCUAUGGCAUACAGACCAAUUCUACUCCUGUUAGAGCCCGGGGGCGAUAUGAAGAUUCAACUUUCAAGUUUCAAAUACCGCUUCAGAUUGCUGCUGAGCGUGAAAUCGCUAGGUCUCUGAUUGGAGUUCCAAAUUUUAGCUGGGAUGUUUCGCUCAAGGAAUUCGCACACCCUAACCGGGAGGUUUCUAUUGAUUUGGCUCAACUAUUACCACCCUUCUUUUUUGCUGCUGCCAUGUUCAGUUUUGUGUUUCAAAUGUCCUCUUUGAUCACAGAGAAAGAACUAAAGCUUCGGCAGGUGAUGACAAUGAUGGGCCUUUACGAUACUGCAUAUUGGUUCUCAUGGCUCACAUGGGACGGAAUUAUGGUACUAUUGUCAUCACUUUUCACAGUUCUCUUCGGAAUGCUGUUUCGAUUUGAUUUUUUCCUAAAGAACAGUUUUGCAGUUGUAUUCCUUGUCUUCUUCCUUUUCCAACUCAAUAUGAUUAGUUUUUCCUUUCUGCUGUCAACCUUCUUAAGGAACUCAUCUUCAUCCACAACUCUUGGUUUCGCAGUGUUUAUUGUCGGCUCUAUAACCCAGAUUGUUACAGCAUUUGGUUUUCCCUAUGAUUCAACAGACUUCAAGAUGAAAUAUCGAAUACUCUGGUCAUUUUUCCCACCUAACCUUCUUGCCAGAGCUAUAGUAUUACUUGCUCAAGCAACAGCCAGUCCACAAGAUAUUGGGAUUAGCUGGAGUAGAAGGGCCAAAUGCCCGGCAAAUUACUAUAGUGAUUGUCUUAUGACAAUUAAUGGCAUUUAUAAAUGGCUGGUGUCUACAUUCUUCCUCUGGUUUAUAUUGGCUAUCUACUUUGAUAAUAUCAUUCCGAAUGUAUCUGGUGUGAGAAAAUCAGUGUUCUACUUUCUAAAUCCCGGAUACUGGACAGGGAAAGGUGGCAACAAAAUGAAAGAGGGUGGCAUAUGUAGUUGCAUCGGUUCAGCUCCACCAAAGGAGCUUCUUACUCCAGACGAUGAAGAUGUCCUUGAAGAGGAGAACCUUGUAAAACAACAAACUAAAGAAGGCACAGUUGAUCCGAACAUUGCAGUUCAGAUACGAGGUCUUGUAAAGACAUAUCCCGGUACCUUCAGUAUUGGCUGUUGCAAGUGCAGGAGGACUAAGCCUCACCAUGCUGUGAAGGGAUUGUGGGUGAACUUUGCGAAGGAUCAGUUAUUUUGUCUACUUGGUCCGAAUGGAGCUGGGAAAACCACUGCAAUCAGUUGUUUAACUGGCAUCACACCGUUUACUGGAGGAGAUGCUUUGAUUUAUGGAGAUUCCGCCCGGAGCUCUGUUGGUAUGGCAAAUAUUCGAAAAAUCAUAGGAUUUUGUCCGCAGUUUGAUAUUCUUUGGAAUGCGUUGUCCGCGCAAGAGCACCUCCACCUUUUCGCUAGUAUUAAAGGCCUCCCCUCAGCUUCAGUAAAAUCAGAUGCUGAGAAGUUAUUGGCAGAGGUGAGACUCACUGAGGCAGCAAAAGUCAGGGCUGGGAGUUACAGUGGAGGAAUGAAACGUCGCCUGAGUUUUGCAGUAGCCCUUAUUGGUGAUCCAAAGUUGAUUAUCUUAGAUGAACCGACAACUGGUAUGGAUCCAAUAACAAGGAGGCAUGUAUGGGACGUCAUAGAGGGGGCGAAAAGAGGCCGUGCAAUUGUCCUAACCACUCACUCGAUGGAAGAAGCCGACAUUUUAGGUGACAGGAUUGGAAUAAUGGCAAAGGGUAGGCUCCGUUGCAUUGGAACUUCAAUCAGGCUGAAGUCGAGGUUUGGAACUGGUUUUAUCGCCAAUGUGAGCUUCAGCGGAAGCACGAAUGAACAAAGGCCUCCAAGUAGGGAUGCAGUUGCUACAUCUCACCAUGAGGCUGUGAAGGAGUUCUUUAAAUACCAUUUGGGUGUUGAACCAAAAGAAGAGAACAGAGAAUUUCUGACCUUUGUUAUUCCUCAUGAUAGAGAGGGACUUCUGAUGAAUUUUUUCGCGGAGCUCCAAAACAAAGAAAGAGAAUUUGGUAUAGCGGACAUCCAACUUGGGCUUACAACUCUCGAAGAAGUGUUCUUGAAUAUCGCAGGGCAGGCGGAGCUAGAAGCUGCCACGGCAGAGGGGAGGCUGGUCACUCUCAAUUUAGCAUCUGGUGCCUCAGUUCAGAUACCAGUAGGAGCUAGGUUUGUGGGGAUUCCAGGAACCGAGUCAGCAGAGCAUCCAAGUGGUGUUAUGGUUGAAGUAUUCUGGCAGCAAGAUGAUUCAGGCGCCCUCUGCAUUUCCGGCCACUCUCCGGAAACCCCAGUUCCUCCUAGUGUUGAAAUAACACGCAGAGACUCCUUCGGCCAGGGUCGGAGCCGGGGGCAGGCCCGUCCAGUUCAGGGGAUUGUGAUUAACCCUGACCAAAUUAGUACAAGACAUUCUCGGUCGAACAUCUAGUCAUCAGUUGGCAAACAUCUAUUUUUUACUUAAAACAUAUAAAGUGGUAUGUUUUGAGAUUUGUGUAUUACCGAAUCUACAUCUGCUAUGCCUUCUCGGUGUGGUCAAUGGUAAGAUUAUGAAACAUAAACAACUUUCGAGUCAA